AUCUACUCACGCACAGCUGCCAUGGCCACCACUUACCCUCAAAUCGUCUUGUUCGGCGACUCGCUUUUCCAGGGAGCCGCCGACCUGGUAGACGGCUUUUGUUUUCAGGCAGCUCUCCAGUCACAGGUCCUACGUCGACUCGACGUCGUCAACCGCGGGCUCUCGGGAUACAACACAUCGAAUGCCCUCAGUGUCCUGCCGCAAAUCUUUACGGCACCAGGCCCGGGUGUCCCCAAACUCGAGUACCUUUUCGUCCUGCUUGGGGCCAAUGAUGCGUGCGUCCCAUUGCCCACGAACCACCAAGGUGUUCCCCUGGGCAAAUUCAAGGAAAACCUGGCUCGGAUCAUCACCCAUCCCAACAUUGUUGCGCACAAGCCAAAGAUCUUCCUCGUCACGCCACCCCCACUGGACGAAAUCCGCAUCAAGGUCCUCGACCUAGCCAAUGGCCACCCUUCCUCAACCAGAAAGGCAAAAAUCAGUGCAUCAUAUUCUGAGGCCGUCCGCCAAGUGGCUGCCGAACACCCGGGGGUCACGCUGGUGGAUCUCUGGAAGGCGCUGAUGGACACGGCCAUUGCGAAGACUCCUGGCUUCAACCCGGAUGGGCCAGCACUUGGUGACCCCGAAAGCGGCGUGCGCGGCUACCUCGAGCACCUGCUUCCAGACGGCCUUCACAUGAGCUCCGAGGCGUACCAAAUCUUCUACCGUCUUGUCCGGGACCAAGUUGGCUCCGAGUGGGCGGGAACAGCAGAUGAGGACAGAGUCGGCUAUGUGCUGCCUGAUUGGCGUCUCGCGCCAUGGUUGGAAGAGGAUGCGCAUCUCAAGGGAAAAAAUCUGUGAGUUUCCACGAGUUGUGGCAUUUCCAAGGAAAGUGAUAGACAGGGCUCUCUGCUGGGUAAUGCAAGGGCCGUAUUGGCCGGUAAAUACGUCGCACCGUGGCAAUGAGUCUGCCAGUCUGCCACCAACGCGGUCACUCAUACGCAGAACAGCGCAU